GAUGCAAUGAAAGCUCUUCAAAAUCUUCAGUCUAAUGCUGAGAUCAUUGCAAAGGCUCGUCAGAAUCCAAACAAAAAGCCAACUAAAAACAUUCCUAACAUGAUCAAAUACAUUAUUCGUUCAGGUUUAACGAUGGAAGAUGUCGACAAACUCUCUGUAAUUCAUGUCAGCGGGACGAAAGGUAAAGGUUCCACCUGUGCUUUCUGCGAGAGAAUCCUGCAUUCUCAUGGUUAUAAGACAGGCCUGUUUACUUCCCCUCAUAUGAUUGAAGUACGAGAGAGGAUAAGGAUCAAUGGACGCCCAAUUAGUCAGGAUCUGUUCAGUAAAUACUUUUGGAGGGUUUACGACAGUCUGGAGACAACCCAGACGGAGAUUGGAGUAGGUGCUGACAAUGGAGGGGGAAUGCCGCCAUAUUUUGCCUUUCUUACAGUUCUUUCCCUUCAUGUGUUCUUGUCGGAAGGUGUGGAUGUGGCCGUCAUUGAAGUAGGAAUAGGCGGUCAGUUUGAUAGCACCAACUUCUUUCGGAAGCCGGUCGUGUGUGGAGUGACAUCCUUGGGGCUAGACCAUACGGCGAUUCUAGGUAAUACCAUCACAGACAUUGCAUGGAACAAGGCAGGAAUAUUCAAGGUAACCCCUGGCCGACCAGCUAUAACUAUUCCACAUGACCGGACAGCAAUGGAGGUUUUACUGAAGCGAGCCCAUGAGAUUCAGAAUCCUCUUUACCUAGCAGUGGAAAUGACCAGGGAAUGUAUAGAGAGACAUCAUGUGAAGCUGGGUAUUGCUGGAGCCAAACAAGUGGAGAAUGCUUCUCUAGCCAUUCAGUUGUGUCGUAUGUGGGAACAGAACCACACCUCAGGCAAAAGCAUGGUGCCACACCCUCCAACAUCUGCAAAUUCUAUUGAAGAGAUCCCACAGUUAAAGAUCUCUGAUUUAGAUGAAGCAACAGUCCAAGGUUUGUCUUCCUGCGUAUGGCCAGGUAGAGCACAGACCGUACAUAGUGCAGGGGUUACCUACUACCUUGAUGGAGCUCAUACCAAGGAGAGCAUGGAGGUCUGUGCACAGUGGUUUCUAGAGGCAGCUGACAGGGACAGAAAGCAGCACAGCUGGAAGAAAUGUGCUCGUGUAUUGUUGUUUAAUGCAACCAGUGACCGGGAGGUUGCACCCCUGCUAGCUUGCCUUACAGCUUGUAACUUUGAUGCCGCACUGUUUUGCACAAAUAUGUUGUCAGUUGUCGAGUCUCACAAUCGAGCAGGUAAGUUUGUUCCCCAUUUUACUUAUCAGGUCAAUAGAACUGUGACAGUCAACCACAUGAUGGAGAAAGUCAACAUCAACAAGUCCACCUGGGAUGAGUUGAUCACCAAAACCAGGCAGCAGUCAAAGAAAGCCACUGAAGAUUGUGGUUGUUUCAAUGGGGACACCCAUUCUUUAACAUCCUCCAACAGAGAGAGUCACUGCGACCAUAAAAUUGCCACAGACACCAGUAUAACCAGUAACGACUUUGUCUUUCUCGAUCAGAACUGUAACAAGACUGACAUUGUAACAACAAACAAGGUUGAACGUGUGACAGAGAUAGCGUCUGUACACGAAGUAGUUUCUGUAGGAAAAUAUAAUGCUGCUGUACCAGAUUUUUCUACAGACUCAUCAACCACUAAAGUUCGGUCAGAUCAUGGAAUGGCACCCCUCUCUAAAACCACACAUAUUGGCUAUCCCCAGAAUCACAGCAACAAGUGUAAUGGCGCGGAGACCACAUCUGUUGUGACACAGAAUGGUCUGUCUAAGGACAAAGUCCUUCGGCCCACUCUUAAUGGUGUUGUUCAUUGUAGCAGCUGUCUUGACCGUAGCUCUGAGAAGUUACAGGAGGCAGUGUCACUGAAGUUUUCUUGCAUCCUUCAUGCAUUAAUGUGGGCAACUCAAGGCAAAGACCCAUUAGUAGUGGCUAGUGGUGAAGAGUUUGUGGCAGCUUCUGUUCCCGAGAGUUUGCAGGAUGUUGACCAUCUGCAGAUUCUGGUAACCGGCAGUCUUCAUCUAGUUGGUGGAGUUUUGGGAGUUAUCGACCCUCACAUGAAUGAUUAA